CGCAGAAGGCGCGUGUAGGGGUGCCAUGAUGGACAGACGGCGGAAUGAUGAAGAUCUCGCUGCAGGCGGGAUGCAUCACUGAUUGAGGUGGGCAGUCAGGCACAGGGAUAGAUCAGAAGCCCUUCUUGCCAUCUUUCUGUUCGUCCGUGUGUUUGUCCUAUGCAGGGCGGCUUGACGCGGAUGGGCUCCCUUCUCAGCAUUUGCCUUGGAUACACAAGCAGGUUAGGUAGAGCAUGACGCCACGCACACUGGCUGGCAAAAGGCAUGCCGGCGCAACUAUCAAUCAUCGUUUUUCUCCAUUGGAUCUCCGCGGUCAGGACUGUGUGUGCCUCUGCACACGGCGGCGAGCUGGUCGACACGGUGCAUGAUUUGGGCACCAGUCAUGGGAGCAUACGGCUGGCCGACGGGAUCAUCUGUCGAACUUUUUCUGAAGAGCAGCAAGUGAGGGACCUCAUAGAGCGUCAUGGGGCCGACCCAAAUCAUGCGCCCGGGCUGCGAGCGCCAGGCAGCAGCGGCCGGGGGGUUCAGUGUCCGCUCCUGGCGCUUGCUAUUGACACCAGCGACACCACCGCGGUGACCAUCCACAUGGCGGAUGGUCGCCACGGUCAUCGGCGGCCUCUCGCCUUGCCCAGGUGGUCGUCUCCUGAGUUGCAGGCGGCCAUCAUCAACGCCCUCAUCGACGGAGGCGCCAACAUGCAAGGGCUCAUCAGGAUGGCAGUCUGGUGUGGCAACGAGAGCGCUGUGAGGGUCUUCUUGGCGCGAAGCGCUGCGGUGCGCCCCCCUCACGGCCCUGUCCUUGUCAUGGAGCUGCCCUGGUCCAUCUCCGACCGAGUCGGCCGUCAGGUAUCCCUCGCUUAUGAGCAGCGGCUGUUGUCAAUCUACCGCCGGCUCAUACAGCACGACGCCACACUCGCAACCGAACAAGAAUUCAACGGCAAUCUGAUCUACAAUGCAGCCCACAGCGAGCGAGGCUACUACUCGCAGGCCUUCAUCGAUUCGUAUCUCGACCUGCUGGUGGACAACGGGGCGAGUCUGACGGCAGUGGAUGGGUCUGAAUAUGAGGCGACGCCUCUGCACGUGGCGGCAUUAAAGGGCUCUCGCUAUGUGACCGACUACCUCUGCCGCCAUGUGGCAGCAGCGGACAUCGACAGAGAGACGACGGGCAGGUGGUACCCCAGCGAGACGCCCCUGUAUUGGGCCGCCCGCAAACUCAAUGAAGUGACUGAGGUCUCGCAGGGCGACAUCAUACCGCAAUCCACGAGGGAUCGAGCCACUAGAGCGAUUCCCCGCCACGAGGCCACCAUCCGCAGCUUGCUGAGAAGCGGGGCGGACAUCGGCCGCAUCCCCACAGACGAGAAAGGCCGCGAAUGUCGCCAGCUGGUGCUGCCCCAGUGCACGACAGUCCUCAACGAUGACGUACACACCGGAGCGAUGGCGGCCGUCAAUGCCGCCCUCGCCCCUCAGCGAUCGCUGGCGGCCUUGUUGAUGAAGUCCCUCCCCGCCCUCCUGCCCCACCUGCUGAAGCACCCUGGCACCCCUGCGGGCAAUCGGCCCCCCGCCCCUCCUGGAUACGGCCCACACGAGGCAGAGGCCAUCGGCUGGCGCAUCGCAGCCAUGUGCUUCGACCAAGACGCUGCCAAUGAAGCCAUCACUGCCAACAUCGGCAUUCGGCACAGCGAUAUGGCCCGCCGUGUGCAAGCUGCCGUCAAGCAUGUCGUCAAGUCAGCGGUAUUUGCGGCCAGUAGCAACAGGGAGGUGGUGGGCGGCAUGGCCGAUGUGGGCGGCGUGACGGUUCGGGUGCCGCUGCAGUGCUUCGCCAUUGCUCCUGGGGCCGACACCCGCUCGCAAGAGGUGGUACACACACGCGACCGUCUGGGGCUGCGUGAGGUGGUCCACAGGGCGCGGCUGGACGAGGCGGCCCGAUAUGGUCUGGAGGAGUCCAUCGUCAAGGGCUUCAAUCAGCAUCUGGGCAACGACGAUUGCCAGUUCGCUGGGUGGCAGCAGCUGGGCCGCGUCGACAAGGGCGGGCGGUGGGUGACGCUGGGCAUCCAGUGAGUGAGUGAGUGAGUGACCGACUAACAGAAAGAGGGAGAGGGAGAGGCGAGGGCGGUGGUGUGGCCGGGACCUUUAUCCCGGUGCGUGGUUUAAACAAGCUGCUGAGUGCUUCAGAGAGCGAGGGGUUUAUGAUGAAUCAAUCGCAUUGGUGACGUACUGGAUGCCAUGGUUGAUGCGUGGGGGGUGGACUUUCAUUGAACCACCCACUGCAGCUGACAGACUGGUGUGUGAGUGAAUGCAUGUGCUGUGCUGUGC